AUGGCGGAGGCGACAACGGAAGGAGCCAGCGGCGCCUCUUCUUAUAGGAAAGCAAUUGUCGUCGCGGCCGGUUUGUCCUUUGUCGAAUAUUCGCUCAAUACAAAGGCCGGUUUCACCGCUAUCCGCCUCACUUCGACUAUGGCGUUGGAAACAGUUAACAAUGAGAUGCUCGCGCGCACUUGGGCUUGUGUGUCUGGUCCAGAGGCCAAGAAUCCCGUUUUCAACAAGAAAUUCGACAGUCUAGAGAGCUUUACUGCGACUUUCAACUAUGCGAAUCUUCGGUUUCCGCCUGGUUUAUUAGCAACAAUGAACGCACCGUCGCCGCCCUCAAUCGAAUUCUUCAAAAAGCUACCUGUUGAUGGACGUGACCGUUGGGGUGUUUAUGCAAUCGUCCUUAAGAAACCCGACUGCAUCCCGCACCUUUAUAUCGGCUCAGGUACUGGAGCUAGACGGGGUCUUCUAGCUCGACUACGGCAGUACGACAACGGUACAAGCAUUUCAAAGCUUGUUCGCAAGCGCCUUGCCGAUGAGUAUGAGAUUACAUACAAGGGAAUACUUUGCUGGCUACCCAUUCCCUCUGCCGACGACGUUCCUAGGCUACGACUUCUUGUUAUCGCUUUGGAAGCAACGUUUUCUUUCAUUUUCUGGGCAAUGCAAUCGAGAAAGAAAGAUUACAAGAUGGGUUCUUACUGCCCUUGGCCGCGGGAUUCGUUCACUUACCACGGACUCUGUACACACAACGCACUCUUUGAGGCCAUUGUCGGCGACCUUAAGCUGUCACCAGAAGAGCUAAAGGUUUUAGCCCGCAUUAGAGAUGAGCGAGAACGUCAGUAUCGAAGGCUACCAGAAGUCCUGAAAAGAGCACGGGAGCGAAAACGUGCCCGGAUGCCUGAGGUGAAGGAACGAGAGCAACGGCGAAGACGCGAAAGGGCGAAAUUGCCGGCCGUCAAAGAGAGGACACGGCAAUAUCGACGCUGGUAUGAGAAUUUGCCAGAAGAGAAGAUCAAAAGGCGAGAGCGACAACGACGGCGCCAGCGCCAGCGGCGAUUGCUUCGAGAGGCCCAGAAAAGGGCACAAAAGCAGAACCGUGAGGGCGAUGUCAAGCAGAUAUUCCUCCAACGACCGAAGCGACGAUUGUCCCUGGAGGGCAAAGAAAAGGAGCUGCAACGAUUGCGGAAGAGAAUGAAGCUGCCAGGCGCAAAAGAGAAAAAACGAGAGCAGUUUCGUAAGUGGCUAAAGAGACCAGGAGUCCGCCGGAGAAUAAACCAGCGACGACGUGAGCGAUACCAAUUAGACCCUGGAUUUAAUCUCGAUAUGCGAAACCGAGCUGGCCAAUACCAAAAGCGAAAGUUCAAAGAGAAGGAAACUAAACGGGUGCUGAAAAACAUGAAGCAAUACGAAGCUGGACAACACGAUGUCUCUACGUUGGCCGAAGGAGCAAAAUACAGCUGUGCAAUCUGCAGAUAUGGUUUUCGAAGCCGUUCUGCACUAGCUAAACAUAGGGCAACGCCAGGACAUCAACGCAGACUCGCUAUAGCAAAUGAGUUCUUUGGCAGCGCUGCCCUGAACCCCAUUGACGACACUGCUUUUGACCGCAUUGACGGCACCGACCUCACCACAAUUAGCAACAGCCCGGAUGCACAGGCCGUUGCCGCCUAUAAAUACCACUGCAACCUUUGCAACUAUUGGUGCAAAACGAAGGACUACCUGGAUCACCACAAGAAAAGCAAGGGCCACUUGAUAAAGGAGGCCGAAGCCGGUGGUAGUCCAGGGGCUGCUAUUACAUACGCCUACUACUGCGACCUCUGUGGUUAUUCAACAAACAUCCCUGGGAGUUUAAAGUCGCAUAAAAAAACCAAGGCUCACUUGGCAAAGGAGGCCGAAGUCAGGCGUAGUACCAAUGGCAAUACCAACGCUGACAACGACGCCAAUGGCGAGACAGAGGCCGCUGUUACGUGGAAAUACUCUUGCAACCUCUGUGACUAUUCAACAAACCUCAAAAGGAAUUUCGACGCCCACAACAAAACCAAGGCUCACCUGGUAAAAAAAGCCAAGGCUUAUGGCACUGCGAACAUUGAUGCUAAUGCCGAAACCAAUGGUGAGACAGACGCCGCUGUUGUGUUAAAAUACUCUUGCAACCUCUGCGACUAUUCAACCAACCGCAAAGGGGAUUUCAACGUCCACAACAAAACCAAGGCUCACCUGGUAAAAGAAGCCAAGGCUUAUGGCAGUGCUAACACUGAUGCCAAUGCCGAAACCAAUGGUGAGACAGACGCCGCUGUUGUGUUCAAAUACUCUUGCAACCUCUGCGACUAUUCGACCAACCGCAAAGGGGAUUUCGAUGUCCACAACAAAACUAAAGGUCACCUGGUAAAAGAAGCCAAGGCUGCGAACACUGAUGCCAACGCCGAAACCAAUAGUGAGACAGACGCCGUUGUUGUGUUUAAAUACAAUUGCAGCCUCUGUGGCUUUUCAACGAACCUCGGUGAGGAGUUUGGGCGCCAUAACGCAACUCAGACUCACUUGGCAAGGGAGGCCGAGGCCACGCUCAAUGCCACUGGCGAGACCGACGUCAACGCCGACGUUGAUGCAGAUGCCGCUGCUGUUGUGUUCAAAUACAAUUGCAGCCUCUGUGACUUUUCGACCGACGUCAAAAAGAAGUUCGGACGACAUAACGCAACCAAGGCUCACCGAGCAAAAGAGGCCGAGGCCCGCCUCAAUGCCACUGGCGAGACCGACGUCAACGCCGACGUUGAUGCAGACGCCGCCGCUGUUGUGUUCAAAUACAAUUGCAGCCUCUGCAACUAUUCGACCUACGAAAGUUCCACAUUGAAACGCCAUAAAAGAAGCAAGGCUCACCGAGCAAAAGAGGCCGAGGCCCGCCUCAAUGCUAUUGGCGACGCCGAAGUCAACGCCGAAGUCAACGCCGACAUAGAUGCAGAGGCCGCUAUUGUGGAUGAAUAUCAUUGCAGCCUCUGCAACUAUUCAUGUCAUAUGAAGCACAGCAUGAAACGCCAUGAAACGACCAAGGCACACUUAGCGAAAGAGGCCGAGGCUAGGCGAAACAACAACACUGGCGCCGAUGUUGAUGCAGAGGCCCCUAUUGUGUAUGACUUCCACUGCAGUUUCUGUGACUAUUCGACUAUGAACAAGGAGAGCUUCGAACACCAUAAGCAAGGCAAGCGCCACUUAGAAAAGGAGGCCGAGGCUAGGCGCAACGAAGAAGGCGACGCAGAGGCUAGUGUUGUUUAUAAACACAAUUGCAGCGUCUGUAACUAUUCGACCAACAUCAAACCCGAGUUUGAACGCCAUGGAAGAACCAAAGCUCACUUGGCAAAAGAGGCUGAGGCCAGACAUGACAGCGACGUUGACGCCGAUGUUAACGCAGAAGCCCUUGUUGUUUACAAAUACCAUUGUAGCCUUUGCAACUAUUCGGCUAUUGAGAAGACCGCCUUGGAUCGCCAUAACAGAACCAAGGGUCACUUGGCAAAAGAAGCCGAAGCCAGAGGCAGCGACGACGAGGAGCCAGAGGCCGUUGUGUAUAAACACAACUGCAACCUCUGCGGUUAUUCGACUAAUGCGAUAGACACUUUCCAACGCCAUAAAAUAUCCAGGAGUCACUUGGCAAAAGAAGCCGAAGCCAGAGGCAGCGACGACGAGGAGCCAGAGGCCGUUGUUUACAAACACCAUUGCAGCCUGUGUAACUAUUCGACGAAUGACAUAAACUGCCUGCAACAGCAUCACAGAACCAAGGGUCACUUGGCAAAAGAAGCCGAAGCCAGGGGCGGCGAUGAGAAUGACCCAGAGGUCGUUGUUGUGUAUAAGCAUUCCUGCAACUUCUGCGACUACUCAACUAAUGACAAUGGCUCCUUUAACCGUCAUAAAAAGUCCAAGGCUCACGUGGAGAAGGAAACAAUUGCCAGACUUAUUAUUAACGCCAGCCUUAACGCCAGUAGCGAUGCCAACGCUGCUGUCGAAGCAACUUUACAAUCGGUAUAA